GCACCCCGCCUCGUGUCCUCCAGCUCGGAGGGGCCUUGACGUCGUGUCAUUCAGCCACUACCUCUCCUCCACCUCACCACCGCAACACUCCAGAAUACUCCUCCGAACUGCACUCGCCUCUCGACUGACUCUGUGUCUCUGCAACGAUGAGGCCGACUCCGGGCGGCGACGCCCUCCCUACCGCGAGGCCCAGGUCCCGCAAGUCGAGCGUCGCCGAUCAUCCCGCCCAUAACGCCGCGGCCGCCCAUAAUGUGCCGACGUCUUUCUUUCUGAGGAGCGAGGAGGAUAUGGAGAAGUCUUUGGCAGACACUACAAGCACAGUGGCUGCAAGCAAGCAGAAGGACAGUACAUACGGUGUCCAGAGUCUCGCGGAUGCCCUGCAGUCUGCUUUCGGGGAUACCACGAGCGAUGAGAAGAAUGGCAACAAAGCCAACUCUUCGGGACGGAGCGUGGACAAGCAAGGCGCCAGGCCUCGGACUCCUUCCAGAGGUUCACUGAAUACCGACGCGAGACAAGAUGAUGCCAGCCCCAGGCACGCGUUGGCGCGAAGGCAGCACCUCGCGCAAGCUUCACACCAGGCGAUACCAGCUUCUGUUUCUCCCUCGAACCUAGAUUCCCCAGCGCCAGAAUCUAUGAUACCCGACACGCCUAAAUCUGUGUCCCUCCAGUCUUUCCAGCUCUCAGAUGAAGAGUCCGGCGCCGAUGAAGCCGCAAGCCAGGCCGUAGUCUCCAGCGAGGACGGUGACGAGGAUACACACACUGAGCAGUCUGGAAGCUUCCCUCAACUGGUCAUGCCGAGUAUCCAGAUGCCCAGUCGAAGGCCGUUCACUGAGAAGGGAAAGAAUAUGGGGAGGUUAAAGGUGUUGAUUGCUGGUGAAGCAGGAGUCGGAAAGACCGCCCUUAUUCGGUCCAUCGUUCAAUCUUGCGAAGACAUUGUCCAUGUAGAUCCACUAUCCCCAACCCACGCAGAGUCACCUCCUCCAACAUCCAAAUCACGUAAACGAAGAUCGGUUUCCACAGGCACGACGAGAAUAAUGGAAGUCCAAGCCAGCACAAGGGCGUAUCCUUCGUGGUGGUCUGAUACUGAAGAGAGCAGAGCACUUCGGAGACGCAAGAGCAUGGGCGAUACGGUGUUAGAAAGGAACUUGUGUUUUAUUGAUACCCCCGGUUAUGGAAAGAAUGGUUCUAGUACAGAAAACAUGGAUCUGGUAAUCGAGUAUGUCGAGUCGUUGCUUCGCCAGAACGUCUCGAUAGGUGCCAUGAGCGAUGGAGAUCUGCUUGGCCUGAUGAGCGGCAACGGUGGUCUGCAUGUGGACGUAAUUUUCUACCUUAUAUCUCCUAAAGACGACAUAUCCACAGAUAUCGACUACAUUCAACGUCUCUCGAUGCUUACAAACGUCAUCCCUCUCAUCUCCAAAGCCGAUACACUCACAUCGGCCCAAGUUAUAGCCUUGAAGAACACCCUUCUCGCUCGUCUUCAAAUCACGUCCAUCAAACCAUUCCUCUUCGGCAAAUCGAUACAGGAAUCUCUUCUUGCCGUCCAAGCUCGGUCGAUCUUAGCCCCAGAAUCCUCGUCCGAACGCGAGACCGGUAAACAGCCGGGGCCUCCGCGCAUACCAGACCACUUAAGCGUUCCAACUCCUCCUUAUGCCAUCUCUUCAACCCCAGGGCCGGACACGGAAACUAUGGAUGCCUCCCUCCUCAUGUCUCCAGAUUAUAUCCAACCUUUGCUGCCAUCUGAGCUCGCUGUUCUCGUAACACAAGUGUUUAAUCCCGACACGAUCUCUUGGCUUCGACAUUCGGCUGCAAAGAAAUUCCUAGCUUGGAGAAGUCGGGCCAACUUUCCAGGGGAUUCUCUGAUUAUGCACGGAUACCCACAGCAGCGAGGGUUGAACUCACUUGGGUUAAAUACAGGAGGACUCGGAGGCAAUAGCAUACAAGACCCUUUUAGCCGACUCACCACGGCGCCACCGUCUUCCACCUCCUCUAUAUUCUCAGCCGCAUCUCCCUCGGGCGUCUUGGUACCGCAUCCACACUCACCAUUUUACCUAUCCCACGCAAACUCGAAUUCCAACCUACAGUCUCCCUAUCCUGUCUCUUCUCCUUCCCUCUCUCACUCAACGCUCCCCGAUCUCGAGGGCGCUGCAGACUUCAGCCUGACGCGCUACCACGACCACACACAGCGCGAAGAGCGCUUCGCACAGGUGCGUCUCGCGAAAUGGGCUAGCGACCUCCAACGCAGCCUCCGCAACGAGCGAGAGCGUUUCGAAGAACUCCAGCAAACCGAGCGGGCAAAGUGGCUCCUCGAGCGCGUAGGCGAGGAAGUUAGAGGCGGGAAUAUCAUCUCCAGCCCGCCUCCCACCCGCGCUGACUGGGCUGUCGUGAGACAUGGGAGCGAGAAGAGAGUUAGUGGGCCUGGAGCACGAUAUGGCCGCCAAGGGCGAGUUGAUACUCGGGAUCCCCUCGGUCUAUGUGAUUUCACCGAUGAGGUAAGGAGACGAGGGACGGUAAUUUUCAAGAUACUAGGGGGUAUGGGCGUGCUGGGCGCUGUAGCCGUGGCAGUAGUCAAGGCAUGUGGGAUUGAUACUGGGCUGGGCCUGCCGGAAGGGGGUGUUUGGGGUUGGAUUACUGGAGCUGGAGAAGCAUAAGUCUAGUCUUUUGAAGUAAUACUGGGUUGGUAUAGGAGAGCUAAGUUAAGUAUGGUCGAAUUGAUUUCUAAGCAGCAGUUAGACAAUGGCGUCGGUAUGGGGUGCAUGUACGGCGGUGCAAUCUUCUCAUAUCUCGGCGCUUUUGCUUCCAGCUCACACACCUCCGUUCUUAUGUAUCACACUUCUCAAACCUCACUCGUAAUUCUAGUAUAAGAUGAUGUGGUGUCCUUUUCUGAGCUAGUGUGGUGAUGGGCUCCAUUCGCUUUCCUAUAUAAUCACUUGUUGUG